GUUGAGCCACUGGUUUCACAUGACUACGCAGCAGCACACAGUAUUAUAGUCCACCACAUAAGAAGAAGCAAGGAUAUAAUUCCCCUCAAUCUAAGCACAUACGGUAGGUGGGAGGACUAUUCUCCUUUUAACGUCAUGCUUUGGAGCACAACUAACUGAAACAAAUGACUGAGAGGCAAAUCAUUGGAAAUUGUAUCAAUCUCCCAACCAAUAUUCCAGUAUUAAACUGUAGUAAAAUAUUUAGAAAUGGCAAUAUUUAUAUAGACUAGUUAAGUCACGUUGACCCAUGGCCACAGACAGAGCUCUGCCUGUGAACCACACUGAAGAAGGCAGACUAGCAUUCAACUGUAACUUUCUCUCUCUCUCUCUCUUUGCCUGCUAAGCUAACUCACAAUCAACAUUUUGUCAUUAGAUUUAUCGGUGGGCAAACUGGCAUAACAGGGCUGUUUAUAGUGCUAGAACAUGAAUCCUGAACGCUAUUGGAUAUUGUGAAAUCUCGCCUCUCGGAUGUUGACUAUAUUGCUCAAUAUGUUUGUUUGGAACACUUAAAAGGAAUGUUCUAGACCAAAUGUUCUUUGACAAAACAUAAAUAAAUCAGAUUAUCUAGGUUUAAUUGUGACAUGCAUUCAUUAGUAGACAGAGGCAUCCCGUGGUGGGCUUAACUUUAACUGGCGAUAGAUUUUUCCACCACUAAACUUGGCCAACUUUGAAUCCAGUCGGAACAACAUGUUUGCAGAUGGGUCUACUCUGUUCAAGCACACGCAUCAAAAUAAUACAAGAGGAUAAAAGACGGGCCAGUUACUGUGGCAUUUAGAUUUAGGUUAUAUUGUCACUUGCAGCUGCGCAUUCAGUGGGCAUCAGAGAGUUGGAUUAUGAGUUGCGAAAACAAAUGUGGUGAGUACAACUAUGGUAAGUAUUAGUAGCCUACGUCGGAAAAUAAUGAUAGAGAUUUUCAGUAUUGAGUUGAUCAUGUUAAUAGCCUAGCAUUCACUGCGGUUGUGAUUCACACCAACAUCUUCGAUUCUAGCAUCAUUUUCAACAAUAACAUACUCAAUCGUAUGUGUAAAGUCGUUCACAUCGCCAAAAUCCCGCUUGUUACAUAAAUAACUGCAAGGCCUUAUUAGGUCGUAAAAAAUCGUAGUUUACCGUUUUCAGUUCACAGAAGAAUCAAGUUGCUUCUGAGUUCCCUGCAGGUAUAAGCGUUAACGCACGCAACGUGCGCGUUCUCAUAAGUCGCGCGUUCACGUGUAAACCUUUUUUCAAUCACCAACAUCUUGAAAAAAUGUUCUUCAAUAUCCUCCAACUCAACUCCUUCUCUCAAUCCCUGUAUUAAUCAAAUCAAGCGUGUAAGAUGUAUUUCCUCUGUUCCCCUUCCCUCUCUUAUCCUCUCCUUGCCUGGCGCUGGACAGCUGUAGUGUUGGGUGCCAGGUAUUUGAUGAGGCCCCUGGUGUACCAGAAAGCCCCUGAUGGGGGCUGGGGCUGGGUGGUGGCAGGGGCUUUCUUCCUGGUGGAGGUCUUCACCUACGGAGUCAUCAAGAGCUUCGGUAUCUUCCUCCAGGACCUGAUGGAGGAGUUUGAGGAGAGCAACAGCCGUGUGUCCUGGAUCAUCUCCAUCUGCGUGUUUGUCAUGUCUUUCGCAGCACCUCUGUCCUCAAUCUUAACCAAUCGGUUUGGGUUCCAGCCAGUCGUCAUGAUUGGUGGAUUCCUCCUUGCUGUGGGAACCAUCACUACUGGCUUUACGACCUCUGUCAACCAAAUGUACAUCACAACGGGAAUCAUUGCAGGUCUUGGGUACUGCCUGACCUUCCUGCCCACAGUGACCAUCCUCUCUCAGUACUUCACACGCAGACGCUCCCUGGUAACAGCAGUGGCGUCCACUGGAGAGUCCUUCACCAUGUUUGCUCUCGCCCCUGCAUUCUCUGCUCUGAGGGACAGUAUUGGCUGGCGUUACACCAUGGUGGUGAUAGGAGCUCUGCAAGGCACCAUCAUUGUCUGUGGGGCCUUGCUGCGGCCCAUCAUCAUCACACACCAGCCUGUCUGGGGGACAGAGACCCAUGUGCUGGCCCCAACAGAGCAGGGGAACCAGAGCGUGCAGAUCAACUCAAAACUGAACUCACACAGCAGACUGGAGGACUCAGGCUCCUUGACCAGAAAGCAUUCCUAUAUGGCGGAAAACGUAAACAAUCAGGAAAACAAGCUGACACGUGGAGACUCCCUGAGAUCUGGGGUCUCUGGGGGGCAGUGCCUGCCAGGGACAGCAGCGGGUGGUGGGUCUGGGGAGGAGGGGAUACCCCUGAAGGGAGAAGAGGAGAUGGAGAACCUUAAGAAUCAAGUGAAAGUAGAGAAGGUAAUGGAGGGCUAUAAGCUUCAAGUGGAGAUGGGGAAAGGGGGCAUAGAGAGAAAAGGACAGGGGGAUGAGAAGGAGGAGGAAGAAAUGACGUCAGUGGACCAGACGUCCCAGCAGGUCAGAUUUCUGGACUUCUCUGUGCUAAGGGAGGGUCGUUUUAUCUGCUACUCUCUCUUUGGGCUCUUCGCCACGCUGGGCUUCUUCGCCCCGCAGCUCUACAUCAUCCAGCUGAGCGUGAACCGGGGCGUGGAGCGCGAGCACGCCAUGUACAUGCUGUCCACCAUGGCUGUGGCCGAGAUGCUGGGACGCCUGUCUGUCGGCUGGGUCAUGAGCAGGAAGCAGGUGUGCCACAGGAAGCCCCAGGUGCUGCUGGGAUGUGUCAUUUCCCUGACACUGGUGCUGGGGGCCUUUGGCCUGGUGUGGGAGUUCUGGGGCCUGGCAUUGUGCUGUGGCCUGUAUGGGUUCUUCAUGGGCACAGUGGCGUCUACACACAUCCCCAUGCUGGCAGAGGAGGAAGUGGUGGGCAUCGAGAGGAUGGCAUCAGCUGCUGGCGUCUAUGUUUUCAUUCAGAGUUUUGCUGGACUGGCUGGUCCCCCUCUAGGAGGACUUCUGGUGGAUUUGACUCAGGACUACGGUUCUGCCUUCUACUCCUGUGCGAUGGGGAUGGGCCUGGGGGCCGUGUUCCUAGGUCUGGUCUUACCUGCCAAGAGAGGCCUGUCCUGUAAUUGCUGUAGGGGCCCUCAGCCUCUGCAUCAGGGGCUGAGUAACCCUGCAGACAACCAUGGAAGAGACAGUCCACAAGACUACCUGGAGGUGGACCUAAACCAAAACCAGGAAGUGAUUCAUUGUAAAGGCCAGCCAAUUACAAGCUCUGCAUGAGUUUGCAUUGCCAAUAUCUACCUGGAGAUUGAAGCCAAUACUUGAAUUGGUUUCAAUCCUAGUGAUUCGCACUGAAAAAAUUACAAUAAUCAAGCUGAGACCGAACCCUUCCUCACAAUAAGACAGGGACUGCAGGAACAGUCUGGACAGAAAUUCCAGUUGAAUGCAAUCAGCAGGCAUUGUUGUAAAUCUUAAUGUAACGUAUUGUAACAAAUGACUCCAGAAUCAGAGAGGAUGCUAAUGUUUUGUCAGUCGAGUCAUAUGGAGUUGAUACUGUGAUAUUAUCAAGGUGAUGAUAGUGAUGACAAUAGUGUAGCUAGGCAACCCAACACUGUGAAUUAGCCUGGAGCAAGAAUAGAUAUAUAAGUUCACAUUCCAUUAUUUUAUGAAAAUCAACAAGGUAAAAAAAAGUCAGGAAAUUACACUCAGGAAAUCAUGACUGAUUAAAUAUAUUGUUUUUAAUCAAAUUGUUGUUGUUAUCUAAGUUAAUUAUAGUUUUCUAUCAUAAUAAA